GCCUGUACAGUAAGAACCCAAUAUGGCAGCAGCGGUAGCAGUGGCAACGGCAGGAGGAUCGGCCGCCCCAUAAACCCCCCCGCGCACCUCCCCCGCCGCUUCCUCUGCUAGGUUGCUCCUCCGGCCUGACUUCCCCUUUCUCCCACCUUUCCUGGCACCGCGGGAAAAGCAGCACAGGGCAGAGAAGGCAGGGAGGGCGGCCGGAGCCGGGACACGGGAACCUCCUAGUCCAGUUCAAGACCCGACAUGAGGGAAAAGGGCCGUAGGAAGAAGGGCAGGACCUGGGCGGAGGCCGCCAAGACGGUCUUAGAAAAAUACCCCAAUACACCUAUGAGUCAUAAAGAAAUUCUUCAAGUUAUCCAGAGAGAAGGACUAAAAGAAAUCAGAAGUGGGACUUCCCCUCUUGCCUGCCUGAAUGCAAUGCUCCACACAAACUCCCGAGGUGAAGAGGGUAUCUUCUAUAAAGUUCCAGGUAGAAUGGGAGUAUAUACUUUAAAGAAAGAUGUGCCAGAUGGGGUGAAAGAGCUAUCAGAAGGUUCAGAAGAAAGCAGUGAUGGUCAGUCAGAUUCCCAGAGUUCUGAGAACAGCAGCAGCAGCAGUGACGGUGGCAGCAACAAAGAGGGGAAAAAGAGCAGGUGGAAAAGGAAAGGACCCACUUGGAUAAUCCAGGUUGAUCUUCUCAUCUCAAGAUACUUAAUUGCAUCUGCCAAGACCCUUUCCCCAAAUAAAGUAACAUUCACAGGCUCUGGGAAUUGGAUGUGGACAUAUCUUUUUGGUGGCCACCAUUAUCAGCCCACUGCAGUAUCGUCUAGACUGUCACAGCCAUCCUCCCCACAUUCAGGCUGCCCAUCGCCCACCAUUCCAGCAGGUAAAGUCAUUUCUCCAUCACAGAAGCACAGCAAGAAGGCACUAAAGCAGGCUUUAAAGCAACAACAGCAAAAGAAGCAGCAGCAGCAAUGCAGACCAAGCAUGUCCAUCUCCUCCAACCUUCCUCUCAAGUCUGUUAAAUCCAGUGAUUCUGCUACUACCAAACCUGCAAUAUGGGAAGGAAAGCAAUCUGAUGGACAGUCAAGCAGCCCCCAGAACCCAAACUCCAGUUUUUCUUCCUCAGUUAAAGUGGAAAGUCCCUUACUAGGCUUAGGGAAGAAGUCUUUCCAGAGGUCUGACAGACUCCAUACAAGGCAAAUGAAAAGAACUAAAUGUGCUGAUAUUGAUGUUGAGACACCAGACUCCAUUCUAGUUAACACAAAUCUUCGAGCACUGAUCAACAAACACACUUUUUCAGUCCUUCCUGGAGAUUGCCAACAGCGACUGCUUUUACUACUUCCAGAGGUGGAUCGACAGGUUGGACCAGAUGGUUUGAUGAAGUUGAAUGGCUCAGCCCUUAAUAAUGAGUUCUUCACUUCAGCAGCCCAAGGCUGGAAGGAAAGAUUAUCAGAAGGUGAGUUUACACCUGAGAUGCAGGUGAGAAUUCGACAAGAGAUUGAGAAGGAGAAAAAAGUGGAACCAUGGAAGGAACAAUUCUUUGAAAGCUACUAUGGUCAGAGUUCUGGGUUGAGCCUUGAAGAUUCAAAGAAAUUGACAGCUUCCCCCAGUGAUCCCAAAGUAAAGAAAACCACAGCUGAGCAACCAAAAUCUAUGCUUCCUUCAGAGGCCUCUCCUGUCAAAAUACUCCCAGGCAUUUCCCAGUCAGAAUGUAAAGAAGAAGCAGUACAAAUGCCUUCACCAGUCAAAAAAGAAGAACACGAAAGCCAAGAUGAGGCACAGCCUAAUGUCAAAUUCACAGAGCCCCUUCUUGCCUCAGCUACCAGUGCAAAUGAGCUUACUGGCAUUUUUCCCAUCAAGUGCCCGAAGGAUGAGGAUCCCUUGGAGCAGAAACCACUUGCCUCUGCUGCACAGGAAUCUGAGAAAGAGAAUUAUCAUACCACAGUUUCUAAUUAUAAUAAAAGUGAAAGCCAAGAAGCUGUAGUUACAUCCCUAACCAAACCCAAGAGUCCUGGGCUGGAAAAACCAAUAAUGAAGCCCACAGCAGAAGCAGGACCCCAGGAGACCAGCAGCAAAGAACCUCCCACAACUCUUGUUGAUCAGAGCCCAGAAAACCUCAAGAGAAAAUCUUCUCUGACUCAAGAAGAGGUCCCUGGAAGCUGGGAGAAAAGACCACGUGUCACUGAGAAUCGCCAACAGCCAUUUCAGGUGUCGACACAGCCCUUUCUCAAUAGAGGAGACAGGGGCCAGGUGCGCAAAGUACCACCUCUCAAGAUCCCAGUCUCCAGAAUCUCCCCCAUGCCGUUUCCUACAUCGCAGGUCUCUCCCAGGGCUCGUUUUCCAAUCUCCAUCACUAGUCCUAACAGAACAGGAGCCAGAACUCUUGCAGACAUCAAAGCAAAAGCCCAGCUGGUCAAAGCACAGAGGGCAGCAGCUGCAGCUGCCGCAGCCGCCGCUGCAGCCGCCUCAGUUGGAGGGACCAUUCCAGGACCUGGCCCUGGGGGUGGACAAGGUCCAGGAGAGGGUAGUGAAAGAAAAACUGCUAGAGGAGGGAGUCCAGGCUCAGAUGGAGUCAGUGCAACUGGAAAGGGCCCCACACUGGAACUGGCAGGAACUGGAAGCAGGGGAGGUACGCGAGAGCUUUUACCCUGUGGUCCAGAGACUCAGCCCCAAUCUGAGACCAAGACCCCAGGCCAGGCACAGCCUCAUAGUGUCUCUGGAGCACAACUACAGCAAACCCCCUCAGUGCCUCCAGCAUCUGCCAUCAGUGGAGCAUGCACGAGUGUCCCAUCACCAGCUCACAUAGAGAAAUUGAACAGUGAAAAACUGAACCCUGCCAGGGCAUCAGUCACAGUGGCUUCCCCUAGCCACCCACAAGGGCCUAGUAGUCACAGACAGGAGAGAGCCUCUUCUUCUCCAGCAGGCUCUGCUCUGAUCUCAGGAGCUUUGCCCAUUUCUAUUGUAGCUGUUGGCACAGUUGAAUCCAAAGCAGAUUCUAAUAUGAACACACCAAAUCCUUUAGUCUCAGCCAAGACAACUGCUAGUGCAGUAGUGGAUACAUCCCCUACCCCUUUAACAUCAUUAUUGACAACAGCCACUUUAGAAAAGCUUCCUGUACCCCAGGUCAGUGCAACUGUAGCAUCUGUUGGGUCAGCUUUGUCCUCGAGCAUUUUGUCAGCAGCUUCUAGCCUUAAAACCCCAGGAACUUCUUCUACAAGUGUGAAUGGGCCCAUUUCAAGACCAAGCUCUAGUAUCCCAGCUAAUAAUCCUUUAGUUACUCAGCUGCUCCAAGGCAAAGAUGUUCCCAUGGAGCAAAUUCUGCCUAAACCUCUCACCAAAGUUGAAAUGAAAACUGUACCACUGACUACUAAAGAGGAUAAAGGGAUGGGAGCACUCACAGGCACCAACAUAACAGAAAAUAGCACCAGAGAGGAAGUUAAUGACAGACAGUCCCAUCCAGCUAUCCAGCAGCUGGGGAAAACCGUGCAGAGUAAGCAGCUUCCCCAGGUUCCAAGGCCCCUGCAGGUCUUUUCAACUAAGGAUUUAAGGGAAUCUAGCAUCGACACACACCAGUACCAAGAAGGACUAAGUAAAACUACUCAAGAUCAGAUCCUUCAAACUCUUAUCCAGAGAGUUCGGAGGCAGAACAUUCUCUCAUUUGUGCCGCCUUCACAGUUUAACUUCACUCACUCAGGUUUCCAGUUAGAAGACAUCUCCACAAGCCAGAGGUUCAUGCUGGGAUUUGCUGGCAGAAGGACAUCCAAACCUGCAAUGGCAGGUCACUACUUACUUAAUAUUUCCACCUAUGGCAGGGGUUCAGAGAGCUUUAGGAGGACCCAUUCUGUACAUCCUGAAGACCGCUUUUGUCUUAGUAGCCCCACUGAAGCCUUGAGAAUGGGGUAUACAGAUUGUAAAAAUACAACAGGAGAUAGUAGCAGCAGCAAAGAAGAUGAAACUGAUGAGGAGAGUACUGGCGAUGAACAGGAAUCUGUCUUGGUAAAGGAGGAGCCCCAGGCUUCCCAGAGUUCUGGCAAGCAUGACACAAGUUCAGGACCCCAUAGUAGGGAAACCCCAUCCAACAAUGAUUGCUUAGCUAACAAGAAUGUGAAGGCUGAGAAACCAGUGAAUGAGCAAGCCACUGUAAGCAAGGAGAAUUACCUAUUUGCUAGAGGCCAAACAUUUGAUGAGAAGACCCUAGCCAGAGAUUUUAUUCAGGCAGCACAGAAACAAAUGGCUCACGCAGUAAGAGGUAAGACAAUACGUAGCAGCCCUGAGCUGUUCAAUUCUACUGCUCUUUCUCUGCCUGCAGACAGUCCCACCCAUCAGCCUUUGCUCCUUCCAUCACUGCAAACUCCAAAAUUGUAUGGAAGCCCCACACAGAUAGGGACAAGUUACAGAGGCAUGAUUAAUGUCUCCACCUCAUCAGAUAUGGACCAUAACUCUGCUGUACCAGGUAGCCAGGUAUCUAGCAAUGUAGGUGAUGUCAUGUCCUUUUCAGUGACGGUCACUACCAUCCCUGCUAGCCAAGCUAUGAAUCCCAGCAGCCAUGGCCAGACAAUGCCUGUUCCAGCCUUUCCUGAAGAAAAUAGCAUUGAGGACACGCCUUCAAAAUGUUACUGCCGCUUGAAAGCCAUGAUUAUGUGCAAAGGGUGUGGAGCUUUCUGCCAUGAUGAUUGCAUCGGCCCCUCUAAACUGUGUGUCUCCUGCCUUGUGGUUCGGUAAUGAGACUUAAAGAUAAUGCACUGUAAAGAAGGGGGAAAGAAAGGAUUAACAAGAUGGGUUUUUGCAUUAUUUGGAAUCACAGAAAUAAGGUUUCAUCUGUCUUCUUAAGAAAGAUAUUAAUCAGGAAUACAGAGUACAGGUCAUUUGCAUUCUAGAGGAAGAGCACCUUGUAUAGUAAGUCUAAGUCAAGCAAGACUUUUGUGAAUUUGUGACAAGUUUGCACUUAUAAAUCAUGUAAAUAUGUCACAUUUGUUUAACAUUUUUCCAAGUGUUUAGGUAAUAAUGUAUUACUUUGAAUUCAGAUUUAUGUUCCAUUUUAUGUGGCUGAGAAAAGUUGAUUGUCAUGCAUGGUAUAAGGAAGCUAUCUCUUUUGACCUUUCCUAAGAGUGGGAAAUAGAAAGAGUGGUCUAAACCCAAUGACUAUUCACACUGAUAAUGUCUUCACAUUAUGGUUGCAGAUUAUUCAUAUAGGUUAUUUGGCCUUUGCACAAUUUGAAUUCAGGAUUUAAACAGCCCCUUUACUUUAGAAUGGGACCUUAUGAAGUAGAAAUCUUCUUUCCAUCACAGGCAGUGUUUCCAACCCUGAAAGCCCUGACUUGGUUCUUGACUUCUGUGAACCAGUACUGUCAUGAAGUGGAGACCUGCUGUUCCCUAAUCCCACCCUCCUGGCCUGAGACAGUGAAUGUGGUCUGUGAAGGGAGUGCCUCUGUGGGCCCCACUGUAUGACAGUAGUCUCUACAUGGCAAUCGGUCUAGCAGUUCCAGCAAUAAUACUUUGUCAUUCGUGGGAGCCCACAAACCUGUUUGAAAUACUAGUGUAAGAUGAGAGCAGACAAGUGUUAGUGAUGGGAUGAUUUAAGCUGUCUUGUUGGACAAGAGAAUGAAACUGCAGAAACUGUUAAACUAAACAUAAUGGAAAAUUAUUUUCACACUAGAAACAAGGUAGCCUCUUUUCCUCUUCCAGCCCCUAAUCUAAUGUUAUAUAGUCAGCUGUUAUCACAGCUAGAAAAGCUCUUCAGUGGCACAUUGGCUCCUUCUGUGCAACCUGUUUUACCUCCCAAGCAUAUAAGGAGAUUGGAGUGAUUUUAUUAAAUCUUAUCUUAAACACCACAUGUGCACACACAAUACAAGACAUUUUCUUAUUUUUGUCCCCUAAUUUGGAAUUAUUGCUAUCUGUGCUCUAAGGAUGCUUAAUAUAAAGGGGCUUUGGUGAAUGGCUAAGGAAUGUCUGGAAAGGAAGAAAAACAGCUCCAAGUUUUGUUUUUUCUUUUUGUUAUUGUUUGAAUCCUUUUCUAGUGACUGAAAAAUUUUAAGUAUGUACAAUUUAUGUCAUGGUUAAAGAACAUUUAAAAAAAAUUAGUUUACCAGAAUUUGGCAUGAAAUAGGAGAUAAUCGAUUUGUAUUAUUUGCGUAUCGAUUUAAGUCUCCUAAUUAGAAGUGUGUAAAGUAAAAAUAUUAGUGCAACCUAGUACAGUUGUAUUUGUACUUAAUACUCAAGAUGUGAUACUUACAAAAUUCAGAAUAAUUUAAACCUAUUAAAUAAGUUACAUUCCAGAUUAGGAAAAAGGAGGCAAUUAUCUCUCUUGCCCAUUCUGCUACCUGCUCCUGCCCACUCCAUCCCCUGCAUCAAAAUCUCUUAAAAUUAACUUAGGAAGUUAUUUUCAUUCUUCUUUUCUGGUUCUUUUGUUGAAGCCCAAGACCAAUAUAGGAUUAAUAUUUGUGUUGCACUUUCAGACAAGACCAUUUGAUGUCCUUUCAUCUCUCCCUUUUCUGCUUUUCUUCUAGCACACACAUAACUAAAAGGGUCUAAGGGAUCCAGGGAUAAGAAAUUCUCAUGUGAAAAACUAGUAGGAAACAGAAACCAGGGUUCUGCUCCCAGACUUUAAGUAACCUUGAUUAAUCCUAGUGGAUUUAGAAAGACCUGUCGCUGGUUCCAGCCUGUUCACUUCCUCAUCUUGUUAACAGCACUGAGUGCUGGAGUUUUUUCAGAAUUGACCUUGCACUAAAUGUCAGUUACGAGUUUGAAUUGAUGAAGGCAACUUUUCUGCUCUGCACCUUUCUUGCCAGAAACUUUUCCUUUCAUGAUACCUUGAAUCUAAGAAUGGAUGGACUAUAACCAGGACAGGAAGAAGGCAACAGGGAUUUUCAGGUCCAUUUAGAGAGGAAUUCACAUCCUGCUUCUUCCCCUUGACCCAGGCUCCUGGGCAGAUAAGUUCUAAGCAUUGCUAUCCUCCAGAUUCUAAGUAAUAAUACCCAGUUAAAUGUUUGCAUUUAAGAAUGCGUCGAAAACAAAUUGCCAGCAAGAUACAUUCCCUCAGACUCAACCAGAUGAGAGCCUAGAUUCUCUUAUAUUGGUAGUAAAUUAAAUAUGAAUCAGUUUAUUGUUUCAAACAGUGGUUUCAAGGAGAAAGCCAUUUGUUUUAUAAGCUGAACAGAAAAAAUGCAUUACAGUCUGGCCCUUUCAAUAUUAGAGUUUGGUACUUCAGUACCUUUAAAUCAAUGUUUAUCUUAGCUUUUGAUUGGUUUUACCUUUAGAUUAUUUCUGAAAUGUUUUAAUAAGUGCUAAGCUCUUCUUAGGAUAUCAGAUGAUACAGCUCCCACGACUAGUGAGACAAGCUUGACACUUAACCUCCUUUGUGCCCUCUAGCCUUUAGGUAGCCUCCACUGCAGGUCAUCUCAGUCUGAUUUUUAAAUGUUCUAAGUUGUCUAGUAGAAUGUUCCCUGAAUCUUAAAGAGAUUUUUGAUUAAUAAAAAUUCUUUUUCCUACUAAAUGGGAAAAUAAAGCCAAAUAACCUGGAGUUGUUUCCCCUGCUUCAGUUUCUUAACCCCUGUGCUCAAGAUACUGAAGCUGUCUGUGCUAAUCUAUGUAACAUUUUAAUUUAAAGAGUAAGAGCUGGCCAAUAAUGGGGAAUUUUUCUUGGGUUAGAGGGAAGCAUGCUUACAUUAGUUGGGAAGGCACAUGGAUGUAGAUGGUUCAGAACUUAUCUCAGAUUUAAAUAGCCAAAGGAAGAGCUUCUUGCCUUCCAGGUGAAGGUGCAAUGUCAUGCAUAUUAAUGACCUGCCAGUCAUUAGCCUAAUUGUUUAUUAUUGCCUUCCUUUACCUUAGAGAUCCUUAAAGAACCCUUUGAUUAAAAGAUUUGUUUUAAUGGGGUUGGAGGGUAUUUGGUCAUUAUACUGCUAUUUAUUUCUGAAAUUCACUGUCAAUAUACAGGGGUAUUUUUUCUUUGAUAUCAUAUCAUAGCAAGGAGGGAAAAUCUCCCCACUACAUUACAACAGUGUGCUAAGUGAAAAACUUGGCCAAGAGUAGUUUUCAGCUCAAUUUAUAGAAUAGUCCAAAGAGACUGAGAAACAUGAUGCUAGGCAGGGACCUUCCUACAUGUUUCAAUACCUACAUACCUAUUGAAAGAAAACAGUAGGUAAGACAUUUCCUAAAGUUGAAGCAAUAGCUUCAUAGAGUCUUGGUUACUUUAUUUUUUUUAAUGCUUUACAUUUGAUACAAAUAUUAAAGAUCAAUUUUAAAAAUAGCUUUCCAGUAAUAUAUUUUAAGUAAUAUAUAUUUUAAUAUCUAUGUAAAAAGUGACAGUGGAAGACUGAAUUUCUUAUAUAUGGUAUGUUUAAUGUAGGACCUCACUGUUUAAGGCACAAAUUAUUUCAAAGGAAAUUACUCUGAAGACACUCAGAUUAUUUAAAAAAAAAUGCAAUAAGGGGAAUAGUUUUGGGGUUUAUUUUUAUUUUAAAAGAAAAUUCACUUAACUUUCCACAAGCUAUUUUUUCCCCACUGGCUUAUAAGGUUUGUACAGACUGGUUUGGUAAAUGCUAAACUUUUGUGUCUUUUGCCUUUUUAAAGGAAUUGUUAACAUUGGAAUUGAGGGUAUGUACAGAGAAGUUGGUGUCAACACCAUUUAAUAAGUCAUAUUUUUUCACAAAUAUAGAAAAAUCAUUUUACAUAAGAAUUUUAAGUAUUUGCAAUAAAUAUAUGUAUAUAGAUUGUAUGUAUUCAUAUAUUCUUAUUUUUCAUUUUAUUAUUAAGCAAAAGAUAAUUAAAAGUGAAAUUGAAAACCUUGGAGUUUUUGGUGAAUCUUGAGGUCUGACAUCUGAGAGUGGCAUGGGGAGGGGCCCUCAGUUAUUGCCUUAUAGUAUUAUGAGAAAAGGUUACCACAGACCUUAUGGAAGAGUGUGAAAUGAGAUAUUUGGUGAUAGAUUAGGAUAGUGCAUUUCUUUCAGAACUUACAGAAAAAUAUUGAAUUCUCCUCCCCAUCUCCACGUUUUCCUAACAACCUUAUGUUACUAGAAAGUGGAAGAAAACAAAGGGCAGUCCAUUAAGUUUUUCUUUCUUCACAAUGAUUAAUAGUUCACUAGCAGGCAGUCUGUCACCAUCUUCCAGGCCCUAGGAGUAUGUGAAGAAAUAAUCUCUUGAAGAUACAGAAAACUUGUUUCCUGUUUUCCAGUUCUUCUCUGAGAAGUGAGUUUCAUAACCAGUGUAUUUCAUGUCCUGCCUGCUUCACUGAUCUGGAGAGUUCAGAGAGCCAGGAGAACCUUGUGAAGAGAGAUAGCUAUGCUUGCAUUAGAUUCUGACACUUCUUGAAAUGUUGAACUCUCUCCUGUCAGGAAUGACAGGGAGAUGACUGAGCCAGAUGUUUGGAGAGGUCAAAUGUCUGAGUCCCAUACCUAGAAUGCUGUCCAAGAGAACUCAUUUUGUGGUUAUAAAAUACUUGAUUUUUAGAUGUAAUGGGGAGGGAACAAAAUGAUACCUAAAUCGAUGGUCUUUGCAAAUAUAUAGCCUAUUCUUUUAAAUGAGUAAUGUAUAGAUUUAUUGAUGAACUGAGAGAAAAGUUGGAAAGGUUACAUUUUUCAAGAAUGUGUCUUGAAUGACCCAUGAAACUAUUUAUUAUGAUUCACUAGUUCAUUCUCCCUAAAAUUUCCCAGCUCUGAUUUUGUUUUCACUGGGGGAAAUUUUUUUUUCUUUGUAACAGUAAAGAUACAUAGCAAUAAAAUUAAAUAGACAAUGUUAUUUUUCAAAAACUGAAAUUUUAAACAUCUGGAUUACCCAAAGACAUUGGAGAUAGUUCAGCCAUCCAAGAGAAAAAUUUUCUAUAGCUUAGCUGAAAAUGUACUGUUUCGAAAGGAAAUAUUUUAUAAGUCUCAGGGAACAUCAGCAUCCUCCAUAAUUCCAUAUAUAAUAGGAAUGAAGGAGAAAUAUUUAAAUGUAUGUAAACUAGCCCAUAAUGACCAUUUUUCAAAGAAUGACUCUCCAUUUCUAAUAUAUAUUUAUCAUUAUUUAAACAGGUUACCUACCUCAUGGGAAAUAAAGUUUAUAUUCAGGGAACCUAAAGGUAUAGUUGGUCUGCAGUUCAGAGAGAAAGAGCAAUUACCAGAACACAGGACAGCUUCAACUCCCCUUUAUUUACUUCAGAGUCUUAGAAGCCUGUGUUCAUUUUAUGCACUACUUGACAUCUGCUGUUUCUGAGAAGUCGUUUCAUGGCAUGUUUCUCACUUUUUGUGUGCAAAUCAUGUUACUAACUCAAGUAUUUGUUGGAUUAGGUACUAAAAUGCUGGUUAUAUAAGGUAAGCAAUAUUAGGUAAAUUGAAAAAAAAAUAUUUUCCUAAAGUAGUAACUAUAUAGCAUGUUCAGGGCUCAAGGAAUAGUCAGUGCUUCCAAGACAUGUUAAAAGAGCAUGAAUGAGUUAUAAAAUAGAAGCAUUUGAGGCACUGAGUGAAACAUAAAGGGAAAAAAGGUAUUGUCCCUAGUAAAACCAGGCAGCAUGGAAGUGAGGAGCCAGGUUAAAAUUUUACUUUUAGGUUGGGGUUGUGUCUUGGUGGUAGAGCACUUGCCUAGCACAUGUGAGGCGCUGGGUUUAAUCCUCAGGACCACAUAAAAAUAAAGGUAUUGUGUCCAUCUACAACUUAAAAAUUUUUUAAAAAUUAAGUUUUUACCUUUUUUGAGAACUGUUAUUGGAAUAUAUAAGAAAUCUAAAUUGGAGAGAGGCAGGCCAAAUGUAAUGCUUUAAGAUAACCCCAGGCAAGUACUAAGUUCAGUUAACCCUUUCAAGAUAACAGCUAGGCAAGUAACACAGUUUCAAAUACAAAGAAACUCAAGGAAGUUUUUUAUUAAAAAUAUGGUUUUCACCUUACAGUUGAGAAGGAACUAAAUGCCUUCAUUUUGAAUUUACAUUCCUGUUUUCUCCAAGAAUGGAAAAAAUACAUUAAUAUUAUUGGUUUUCUAUCUUAAUACUAUAGAAUUGACCUUUUUUUUCUUUCAAGUCACAGAACUUGAAUUAAAAAGGGCUUUAGCAUGACCCUAUACCUUUUAAUUUUAGUAUAAAAUUAAAAUCCUGAUUCUUAUUCUAGAAAGUUUGAGGUAGAAAAGGUUUCAAAGGAAAUAAAAAAUAUGAAGAUUAAAAAAAAAAAAGAAAAGGUUUCAAAGGAUAAAUAAUUAUAUUUUUUCAGUGCUUACACUUGAAUUUUUCUUAUCACUUGUCUUUAACACAGAUUAUUGGAUUUGCAACUUCUGUAUGCCAAAUUAUCUAUUUAUGUUCCAGUUAAAAGAGUUGUCAGGUGUAUUCCACUGUGUCACAUAGUCUCAACUCUGCCCAAGAACUAGGAGGAUGGAUAUAAUCUAUGUUCCUAAUACUUGGUAACUUUCAACGGAAGAUUGGAUUUUUUCAUAGAGAUCAUAUGCACUAAGGAAUAAAUACUCCAUACUUCCAUGUAGAUUUCAGCCUUAACCUACAAAGGGGAAUCCCUACACAGUUCUUCCUAAGGAAGGACAGGAAACCUAAUCUACUGUAGAGAUGGGCUGUGCCUAGAUAGUGGUUUUCCUAACAGUAACUUCAAACCCCUCCUAACUCCAUUCAAACCCAAAAAGCCAAAGGAAAAACAUCCUGAUUUUCAUCUUAACUGGAAAACAUAAAUGAUAUUUUGCAGGGGGAGAUAAACCAAAUGUGAUUUUAAGUGGAUUUAACUGAACUUAAAGCAGCUUAAUUUUUAAAAAAGAUUUUGAGUUCACAUGAUUUUCAGUUGCCAUGAAUAUAACACAGAAUUUGACUUGAGAUAUUUAUUGACCAAGGAGUGGUUUUCUGUUGGGCUGUGUUAAUUUGAAUUUGGGGUUGUGUACCUACCUAUAUCUGCUAAGUGAAAUGGAACUUGGCUUCAUAAGCACUCUUAUUAGACCCAGGUGACUCAAUGCUUUUUUAUUAAGUUUAGUCAGGGAUCUUAAUAAGAAAAUAAUUAAGUCAUACCAGAAUAUCUAAAAGUAUUUUAGAACUUAUUUUACACAGCCUAUGUCCUUCCAGUGGAGCAUAUGGUAUAUAAAACUUCAUGUGUGUUGGGUUAACUCUUUUAAAAAGCAGAUUAAGUCAGCAAUGUUAGGUUUUCAGGCAAUAGCAGUUUGGAGACUUCAGUAGUGCCCAGCUGAAUCUACGUAUCAAGUUUUAAAACAAUCUUGAUUCUUCCCGAGUCUCAUAUUUGCUACCCCUUUGUUAGAUGAGGAGAUGGGUUCUAGACUGGGAAGGAUAUAAUUUAUUCUCUGAUAAUAAAGUACUAAUUAAAGAGCAAAUAUGUUCUUUGAGAAUUCACAAAAUCUCUAGAACCCAUGGAAGAUCUGGAGUACAUGACAAAUGAAACUAGAAAUUAAAAACUUUUCUCGUAGUUGUAAGUGCUUUGACCUAUUUUUUCAAAACUCAGUUCAGUAAGUCACUGCAUCACACCUUUCACCAGCAGCAAGAAAAAUCAGAAUGGAAAAAAAAGACCUUAUGUUGGUCUUGUUCACUUUUAAAUUUUUGUGCACAUAGGCCUUAGUACUUUGACAGAUAAAACUCUCUUGCCUUUUAGCUCCUCACUAUUGACUUUAUUCUCACUUGUUGACUGUUUCUUUUAUUGGUCUUAUAGAAACUACCUUCUUCAGAGUUGAAUGUAUAACAGUGUUUCUGCACAUGGACAACCUGUAUUUUAUUUUAAUGACUCAUGGUGAAUAAAGGCAUACAGUUUUACUCUA